AUGGGUGUCGAAGCAGAUGCACCUCUCCGACGAGGAUCACGCAUAAAGCGCCCCGCCGCGCGUUAUGUCCCGGAGGCCGAGUCGACAGAUACUCGCGCUGCGGGACGUAAGCGUGUGCAUACGGAAACUCGAGAGGAUACCAAGCGUGCCAAGUCUUCCACUGACGACGAAGAGGAGGAGGAGGAGGACGAUGACGACGAGGAAGACGAUAGCGAAUAUUGCAUAUGUCGCCGUGGCAACGACGGCUCGCCCAUGAUAUGCUGCAACCGUUGCGGGGAGUGGUUCCACUUUCGAUGCGUCGGCCUGUCGAAGCGAGCCGCCGAGCAGAUGCAGGAGUAUGUGUGCCAGGCAUGCGAGGGCACACAGUCCAAGGAUACCGACUACGAGGAAGAAGGCGGUGUCUCAGAGGAAGAGGAUGAAUCCGACGAGGCACCCCUCCCCCCUCCCCGGAAAACCCGUACGUCCCCACGUACGCCCGCCGAGGACCAUCCAGUGCGGCAACACGUCUUGACGACAUUUACAUCGAUUUUAGAGCCUCUGUAUGCCGCAAAAAAGCUCGAAGUAGAGGCAGCACAUACCUAUGCCCAUGACCUCGAGGCAGAGCUGUUCCACGCGCACGGCCAGGACGUGGCGCUUCGCGCCUACAAGGAGCGAUUCCGCUCUCUCGCCUUUAACCUCAAGGACCAGCGCAACGUGUCACUGCAUGAGCGCAUUACAUCAGGUCAACUUCCCGCACAGGAUAUGGUGCACCUGUCGAACGAAGCACUUGCGAAUGACUCUAUUCGACAAGCCACCGAAAAAGCCAAGCGUCAAGCCUUGGAGCAGGCCAUCUUGCACGAGCAUGCUGAUGGUCCCGCUCGGAAAAUCACGCACAAGGGCGAGGUGGACAUUGAGCGUGAGCAGGGCGACGCGCGGCCCGCACCUGAGCCUGCGCCGGAACCACCGAAGGCGAUGGUGUCGGAGACGGCGCCCGAGACGGCGCCCGAGACGGCACUUGCAACGGCCCCUGAGACAGCGCCGGAGCCAGACAACGACGAGACGCCUUGCCCCACCACGUCCUCGGAGGGUGUGAAGGAGGACGAGGCAGCACAACCGCCAGAGCCCAUCUCGUUUACGGACGUGUGGCACACCGCACCUAAAGCCGCGCCAACCGACACCGAGGUCGAUGCCGUCUCUGACCUCGACGAUACCGAGGCACUUCCUGAGGCGGAUACGUGCAUUGACUCGUUCCUCGGGGACAGCGCUGAGCCCAGCUCUACGACACCACCAGGCACGCCCCCACCCGACGCAUUUGUCGUGCGCGCCACACAAAAAGCCACUGUCUCGCUACAACCUGUCGUGUGGGACGGCGUCGUAACGAUGCCUGAGUACACGUCAGCCUACGUACAUGUGCGCCAGCUCACACAACCUGCCUUCGUGCCUGAGGCGCCUAUUUGGCAGGACUUUUUCCCUGCACAAGAGCGUAUCAUUGAGGGCCGUCUGCCCAGCCAAACAGCGAUUGACUACUUGGGCCAGGUCCGCCUCUCUCCACGCAACGAUAUUGUAGUACUGGUCAUGGAUGCCGGUGGUGCUGCUUCGUCUGAUACAACCACGCUGCAUAGCUCGCCGGCUCUGGAUAAACUCGUGCACUACUUUGCCGAUAAAGAGCGCUUUGGUGUCCUCACACCUGCACCAGGCGCUCAAGGCUCCCUUGUCAAAGACUUUUAUCUCGCGCCCCUCUUGUCGCAUAUGCCCGUGCCAGAUUGGCUGAAAGACAUCCAUCCCGAUGGACUCGGCGAGGCUUGGGAUGCUCAACGCCCCGCGAACAUUCUCUUGGUCGUGCUGGUGCUUUUCAAGACCGGUCUCGAAGGACGCACAGCUCCACCCGCUGCCCCUCCGUCGGCACCUCCAGGACCGCCUCCCUCCCUGGACGCGAUUCUCAACGUCAAACCUGAUGCUAUCCAAAAUCUCUUGUCUACUCUGAACGGCGGCGGUGGCGCUUCUCCUCAAGUGGCUGCGCCGGCGCCUGGACCACCCCCUCCCAUGCCCACCUCGCUUCUCCCACCAGGCCCGCCGCCCAUACCACCAGGUCCGCCUGUAGCACCGCCCGGACCACCACCACCCCAGCCCAUGCGGCCCUGGGGCGGCGUUGUGCGCAACAGUGUCUUGCCGCCACCGGCCUAUGGCCCCGUAUCACCCGCUUAUGGCGGAGCAGGCAGCGGAGCACCGCACCCGUUCCCGGUAGGGCCCGGUGGCUGGUACGGCGGUCAUGCUGAUCGCGUCAAGGACAAAUCCCGUCGUCGGCGCAACGGUGGCGGUCGUAGAUAG